GAUGCUGGUUCUUGUACAGAUUGUUCUCCCCGCCGCCUUCCAUCGUUUUCUGCUCAGGUAGCACCAUCAGCUACAUGUUUCACAUUCUGUGGGUGUUUUUAGAAAGGUUAUUAUGAGUCGCUGCUGGCCUGCAAAUACACAAACAAACAGCUCCCAUUACACUGUCUGUGGCCACAGGCGUUUGACCCGCCAGCUGUCUUAGCUGGCUAUAAACGAGACGCACAGAAUGAUCAAAGAUAAGCUGGCAGUAAAAUCAAAUCCCCUUAAGACAGAAAACAACUCAAUCACGUGGUGAAAGCUUAUGUAACACCAUCCACUCAUUUUACUCGUUAACAAUGUUACUACUUUCUACCACCCGCCUACUCGGAAGAGGAAAAACGUUGCUCCGUGAUCCGGUUAGGAGGAUUUCCGUCAACAUGUCCUCCGGUAAGAGGCUCCGGGUUCUGGUGGACAUGGACGGGGUUCUGGCGGACUUCGAGGGCGGGUUCCUGAAGAAGUACCGAGCCAGAUACCCGGAGGACCCCUUCAUCACCCUGCAGGACAGGAGAGGUUUCUGGGUGUCCACACAGUACGGGCAGCUGCGGAGUGAUCUGUGUGAGAAAGCCAUCAGUAUCUGGGAGUCCAAGGACUUCUUCAUGGAGCUGGAGCCGCUGCCGGGGGGGGUCGAGGCGGUCCGGGAGAUGGCCCAGAUGGAGAACACAGAUGUCUUUCUUUGCACCAGCCCUAUAAACCACAUCCAGCACUGUCCCUAUGAGAAGUAUGCCUGGGUGGAGAAGCACUUUGGUCACGACUUUCUGGAGCAGGUCAUCCUGACCAGAGACAAGACGGUGAUCAGCGGAGACAUCCUCAUCGACGACAAGCCCGAUAUACUAGGUGUGGAGCCCGCACCGACGUGGGAGCACAUCCUGUUCACCGCCUGCCACAACAAGCACCUGUCCCUCAGCCCCCCCCAGAGGAGACUCCUUUCGUGGGCCGACGACUGGAAGGCCAUCCUGGACAGCAGGAGGCAGUGAGGAACUCCAUUACCCAGGAUCCCCAGCCGUUUACUUUCCUCGUUAGCUACAGAUGUGGGGAUGAAAUCACCGCUGAGGCUCAAGGGAACACCGUCUCGUGGAAGUAACUGAAAAAAUAAUAAUGAUGAAAGAGCCAAAUGAACACCUGUACACACUCGUUGGAUGUUUUACUCAGAUAGGAACUACAUUACCCAGAAUCCUUCAUCAAUAGUGACCGAUUUGGGGACGAAAUCAUCGCUCAGGCUCGAGGGAACGCUGUCUUGCACAAUUACCUCUGAAAAAAAAUGGUUAAUUAGACAUUAAUACACAUGUUGGAUGUUUUACACACAGUGAGGAACUACAUUACCCAGAAGCCCCAGCAGUUGACUACUUCAUUAGGGACAGAUUUGGGAUGAAAUCAUCACUGGUUCUCGAGGGAACGCUGUCUCACUGAAUUAACUAAGGCUUAACAGACAUUAUACUCAUGCUGGAUGUUUUCACACCUGUUGCACUCAGAGGACAUGUUAUCGUUAGACCACAGGGGGGCACUCUGAGACCGUGUGUGUGAGCAAACUGUGACACGGUCCGUCUAACAGGGCAGCUUGAACCCACUGUGAGCUGCCUUUUGGCCAUUAUUUUAUGCCGUUCAUCUACUGUCUUCUUUACAAAAGGCUCAUCAGGAGUGUGUGUUAUUAGCGAGGCACAGGACACUCCACUACACACUCACAGUCUCCACGAGUCGUAGGCACUGAGCCAGAUUACUUCACUGUCACAAAGCACAUACAUGUUGUUCUUAUUUCGUAUGUACUCGGUACACAAUCAUCUAUGCAUCAUGAAUGAAACAUAGUAUAUGCAUGUUGCCAAAAACCAUCACACAUGUUGAGUAUGUUGGAAAUAUUACAGAAAGGAACGGUUUAUUGGAAAGUUGGGGGAGAUUUUAUUUAAAAAAGUGAAUAAAAGACGUAUUUCAGAAUGAACCAAAAUGUAAAGGAAAAA